AUGGAGAAAUACAUUCCUGGUUGUGAUUAUCAACAUUGGCUUAUAUUUAUGGACGAACCUGGUGGUCCAGGAGCUAGUAAAAAAGAGAUGAUCGACUGUUACGUGAAAACCCUAGCUAGGGUUCUUCCAAGUAAGGACCCUAAAGAAGCCAUGGAAAAGAUAUAUAGUGUAUCCUGUGAAGAAUAUUUUGCUUUUGGAUGCAAGAUCGACGAGGAGACCUCCAAUAAGCUUAUAGAGUUGCAAGAUGUUGAGUCUGUGAUACCCGAUUCUUACGUGGACGUCGAGAAUAAGGACUACGGAGCUGAGCUCUUCGAGAACGGGGAGAUAGUUGAAAGGUCACCUGAAAGACAAAGGAGGGUGCAGCCAGAUCCCUCAAUAUAGAUCCAGAUACAACGAGAGAAUCUGAAAGACAGAGGCUGGAUAUCUUUUGUGACCAUAACUCAGAUUGCAUUUUCCGUGUUUUUGGUUGAUUUUCUUUCCCUUCUCUCUCCUCUGUCGCGACAUUUGUGCAUAUUUACUGUUUGACAGUAUAUGGAUUCAAUCUUGAUUGAUGAAAAAGAACCUAUUUGUGUAACAAAAAA